UAUUAUCAAUGAUACUGAAUUUACAAGAGAGAUGUCCAAUAUAAAGAUUGUAACAAAUUUACAAGAUUUACAAAACACACGCGCUUGAAGCUGCCAUGAGAGAAAGCUGAUCCUAAGAGCUAUUUUGCUCUAAUAUAUGUACUUACUCAGACAGCUACGUCAACAGUACAAGAUACCAUGCUGAACCUAUCAAUUAGACGCUUCAUACGCUCUCUAAAGCACCCAAAUUCUGACAUCACUUGAACCAUUUAGCACGUAGCAAGCAGAAGACUUUAAACGUAAUCAUCCAUAACGAACAUAUACGUGAGAAAAUGUGAUGUUUCGAACGCUCGGAGCCGCCGCCUGCAUUUCGCCAUCCCUAGCAAGGUUCCACUAGCAAGAGAUAGCGAAGAAGACACUUGAGAAAAUGCUGUGAAUUACAUCGUUUGCCCCGCUGCAUCCUCAGGACUAGCGAGGAGCUUCAACGGUUUUCAGUCUGCCACGCUAAAUCGCAAUGCGGGUGCUCCUCUCGAAACUUCCGAGACCAUGGAUAGUUGACGAGAAAAAGGACGAUGGUUACACGGCCCUUCAUCUGGCUGCUCUGAACAAUCACGUCGAAGUUGCUGAACAGCUGGCACGUGCUGGAAAAGCUGACCUGGAUUUGCAAAACGUCAAUUUGCAGACCGCGCUGCAUCUCGCUGUCGAGCGACAGCACACGCAAAUCGUUCGUCUGCUGGUACGCGAAGGCGCCAAUUUAAACGUGGCUGACAAGGACGGUGACACGCCUCUUCACGAAGCCUUGAGAUAUCACACUUUGUCGCAGCUGCGACAGCUGCAGGAUGUCCAGGACGUAGGGCGGCUCCUGAUGGGCCUGGGCGCGCAAGGACAGGACAAGAAGAGUAGCUCGUUCAUUGCUUGCUUCCUGGCUGCCCAUGGGGCUGACCUGGAAUUGAAGAACAAGAAGGGACAGACUCCGCUCGACCUCUGCCCAGAUCCAAAUCUCUGCAAAACGCUAACUACUUGCCACAAGGACAGAGAAUCGGACAACAUCGAACCGGCAGCUCCAUCAGCCACGAUCGACGAGUGUUUGGUCUGCUCAGAUGGAAAACGUGAAAUGCUUUUCAGCCCUUGCGGACAUGUAGCUUGUUGUAACGCUUGCGCGCCAAGAGUGAAGAAAUGCCUGAUCUGCAGAGAAAAUGUCUUGUCAAGAACAAAAAUCGAGGAAUGCGUGGUUUGCUCGGAUCGUAAAGCUAGCGUACUAUUUCGUCCGUGUGGACAUAUGUGUGCUUGCGAAAGUUGCGCAGCUCUGAUGAAAAAAUGCGUUCAAUGCAGAGCUCAAAUUCAACACAUGUUGCCGUUGUCGAUCUGUUGCGGUAGAGGAGGCGAUGUCACUUACGUUAAAGCAACCAAUGCUUCAGGUGCAACGAUAACAGACGUGAAGAGUGACCAAGAGGAAGAACUAUUAUCGCAACAAAAUACUGGAGGUGGAGGAGAAACUCUAUUGAUGAACAACGGUAGUCGAGAUACAUCGCACAGCGAUAUACAGAAACUUCAACAACAACUUCAAGAUAUCAAGGAACAGACAAUGUGUCCAGUUUGCUUAGAUCGUUUAAAGAAUAUGAUAUUUUUAUGCGGCCACGGCACCUGUCAAAUGUGCGGAGAUCGGAUGUCGGAGUGUCCAAUAUGCCGGAAGGCGGUAGACAAGCGAAUUUUGCUGUAUUAAGUCUAGAAAACUGAUUAUCAUUUGGAGCUAGAAUUUCAUUUAGAUAUAUAAGAAUGAAUGAUAAUAGUAGGAAUAAUUAAAUAUUGCAUCUAUUAUCUGAUUCAAAUUUUGAAAGUAUAGAUACGUUUUAUUUUCGAUACUUUCAACCUCCACAAGACUGUAACAUAAAUUAAGAUUUUGUUAAAACUAUCAAAGUAUAUUUAUACAUAUACUGCCCAUUCACCAAAUAAAAUUUAUACUAAUUAAUUCUAAUAGUUUUUAUACUACUAUUUUAAAAUUUUAGUAAACAUUUAUAAGAAUUAAUAUGUAUAAAAUAUUUCUAUUUAAUUUCAUUGUAUCUAUCGUACAUAAGUAUAAUACCAUAAUGAAGAUAUAAACAGACUAUUCAGUGUAAUCUGUUGCACGAUUAAUAUUAUUUUGAAUAAGUAUUUCCUAAAUAUAUUCAAGCAUAUCAAACGUAUAUAUAUAUGCUUAAAAACUUCCCAAUCUUUUAAAUAAAUGCUGUGAAAGUUAUAUACAAAUUAUAACAUAAAUUUGAGAAUAUUUCUAAUUACUUGUUAUUUCGAGAGAGAAAACCGAAUGCAAUAUUUACUUAUUCCUUCUUUUUUUAAUCUGUUAACAGGCUCCGUAUAAUUUGUCCAUAAUAUUAUUACUUCAACACAUUUUCACGAUAUAAAUAUAAUCGGGAAAUUAAAUAUAAACAUACAUUAUCAUUUUCAUGAAUUAGGCUGGCCCAUGAAAAUGAAUUAUAAGAAUUAUAGCAAAAUUCCAAGCAAGUUGAUCGUCUCUAUGAUGAAAUAAUAUUGAUGAUGAAUAUAUAUUUAUGAAAGUGCUUCGUCCUUAUUCAUUUCUUCAAAAUUACCAAGUUUCAUUCAAUGAUGUAAGUUAAUAGGUAAACUAUUGUUUUCUAGUAAUUGUUAUUAGUCGAAAACUCUAUUAACCAAUAUUUUUAAACAUUUAUAAUGUUUCCAUUUUACGCUGAUAUAUAGUCUAUACGCACAAUAAUCCUUCAAAGACAUUCGUUACUUAACGUUACUUCAAAUGUACAAUUAAACGUAGUACUUAUAGUGUCGAAAGCCAGCAAACACCUUUUACAAAGCUUUUGCUUUCCUCGAUUAGGAGCAAUAACGAGUGGGAUAAGAAAAUUCGCACUUUAGAAAGUAACAGAUACCCGCAAAUUCUGCAUUUCUUUUUUUAUUUUGCUGUUUUCCUUCCUGCAAUUAUACACAAAAAUAACGCGUCUUGUAUACAGUAAUUUAUAGAUACAAUAUUUUUUUAACUGCUUUUUUUUUUGUUACUUUAUCAUUUCUACUACACUUUAUUAGAUGUAAUUUGUACUUACUAGUAUAUUUCCAUGAUUAUAGAUUUUGCAUUCUAUAACAAAAAUUUUAUUCCGCUUUUGUAAUAAUUAUCGAAAGGAUAUAAAUUUUUAAGACUUUCUAGUUUUUCUUGUCCCGCAAAUAAUUUGCAUGAAUUUCUUGUAAAUACUUCGCCACUUCCUGUCCUCAAUCUUAUUGCCAAUACUGUCACAUUUGCUCUCCCUUCUUGAAACUGUAUAAAGUAUCUUAUUAUUAGAAGUUUCAAUAUUCCCAAUAAUAAUGGAUACUGCCAAUUACUUUUAUAAAUCAUGAAACGUUUAAUUUAUCAUUAAAUAUCUAAUUAGUUAUAAAAAUAUUAGGAAAAUAAUUAUCAUUAUCAUUGUAAUUCAAAGUUUCCCUUAUUUCCGUAAUUUAUAUACAUAUAUUAAAGGCAAUGAAAAGAUUACGCAGUUUAAUAAAAUUAAUCUAAUUGACAGUAAUUUGCAUAAACAUUAAUAAUAGUAACUAUCUAUAUUUUAGAAAACUAUAUAAUAACUUAUUCAAUUUACUUCCCUUUUUAUAGUGAGGAAAGAGGCGAAGCAAAGUUUUGAAAAGGUAAUAAAUAUGAAUAUUUGUUGGCUUAUAAAUAAUCUUUACAAGACUUUGCAUCUUCUUUCUUAGUAUCACCAUUCGUAAAAAAAUGUAAAAAAAAAAUAAUGCUCAUUGAUUAUACAUUCUGAAAAGGAUAUUUAUAAUGAAAUAGAAACAAAAUUUAGCUUCGUAUUUGAAUCGAACUAAUCGGCAUAAAUUUUCUACUUGUAAAAUUAGUAAUUGAUAUUUAUAUCAUUUUGUAUUUCUUUCCUUUUCGAAAAAUAUUCAUUCUUAUAAUAAUUUUUUGCUUUGUGAAUUUUCGAGAAAUUAUGGUAGGAAUAAUCAAUAAUUGUUAACUGCACUAACAAAUAUCUUCCUGUAUUUAAAUUCUGGCUAUAUAGGUACGAUCAUAUUUACGUUUUGCGAUACAAGAAUUCAGUAAAAGAGUUAUAGUCAGGUAAUAAAAAAUCUUUUAGUGUGUCACAACAAAUAAAAUAUGCAAUAUAUGAUUAUCCUUGAUAUCGCAUAAUGUUAACAUUAAUGUUAUGAAAACAUUAUUUUUUUUAUACGUAAUGUUAACAUUAAAAUUUUCAUUUUUAUAAUUUUUGGAAAAUAUUUUUGUAGUAAUAUAAUGUAGUUUGAAUAUAUUAAACGAAUAUAAUAAAUUUAAAUAUUUCAUUUAAGUAUUUGAGAUGAAAAUUCAUACGUUUGAAAUAAAUUCAAUAAAUAUUAAGCAAUGGUCUUUAUUAAUAUGGUCUUACCUAUAAAUUAAUCUUCAUUGUGAAUAUUACAAUACUAUGUAGUGCUUUUAACUAUUACUCCUUGCUCUUCCAUUUACAAUAUCUUUUUAGAAGUUUUUGAAAGGCAAUUAUUAUAUGCGUUUAGAAUAGAAACAUUAUUAACUAAAUUUAAAAUAAGUAGACCAAUAAGCAAGUAUUAUACAUUAAUAUUUAAUUUAAGACUCCAUUUUCUACAGCCCUCGAUCAUGCAUAAUUUACCUUGAAUCCAAUAAAAUAAAAAAUAUAUAAUACGAUUAUAUAUAUUGAAAUAAUCAGAAACAUUAUAAAACAUUUACAUACAUACCCUUUUAUCAUUUUGAAAUGUCUGAUUUAUUAAUGGAGUAUAAAAUUGGAUAAACAAAUAAAAAAUGUAAUAGGUAUUCAACAAAAAUUUUGAUUAUUGAUUAAUUAAGUUUUGUAAUAUCUUCUACUAUAAUUUUUAUUGUAAGUUAAUUAUUUGUUAACAUGGAGUCUUAAAGAAGAUACAAAAUGUGAAUGGGCAACAUGUAGUUUUUGUACCAUUCCUGUUACAUAAUAUUUCUGUAAAAGAACCGAAGAAUAUUAUAUAUAAUAAACAGCAUUAAAAAUGAUGUAUAACAUUACAAUGGGAUUAUAAAAUUUUCUUCUGAAGUCUUUGAGUAAAAAAAUCAAUUGUAACAAUUUUUUAUCUUCAAAAUGAUAAAAAUAUUCGUAAUUUCAUUCCUUUGGUUACUUAAUCGUUGAUCCUUUUGUAUUGUCUAUAUCUUUGGCGUUUGCAACGGAAAAAAACAUUGUAAGAAAAAUGUUACGACGAUUAGAAAUACCAUCUUAAUACUUGUAUUAUUCUAUUACGUUAUACAUAUAACCGUCUCAAUUGUAUUCAGUGAAAUUAUAACAAUAAAUAUAUUUGUUCAACCUAGUAAAGGACAAUAGUAUGUCAAA